AUGCAGACUAUCACGAUUACCUUGCUUGUUCUCGCUGCGUUCGUCGCCACGGUCUCUAGCCUCCCGUGCUACAUGGACCUUGGCACGGUCACAACGGACCAUCCUCGGGCUGAUCCAUCCAAGCUCACAAACUACUUCCAGCAGUUCAACUCCCCGACGUUCGAUUCUAACUCGCCGUCCACGGCAACGUUCUCUGCAAGGGGCAUUUCUGGCACCCGGGUGUUUGCUGCAGUUGGUCUUCAUUGCCUCAGCAUCUUUGAGUGCACCUACGAAGAUCUCGUCAUCGACAUCAUCUAUUGA